UCCGCGGUACGUUUGGUGCUGCGCUGCCGUGGCCGCGGGCGCUCCCGCACGCGGCGCUCAGGUGGUGGCAGCGGUUCCUGGUUCGCUGCCGCUGUAGCCGCACCGGCUCCGCCCCGCCGUCGUCUGGCGGUGCGUGACAGGAGCUGCUAUGGCCUCACGCAAGGGUUCUAGAGGCGCCGGCGGCAGCCCCAGUCCCGGCUCCAAGAGAGAGACCAAACAUGGAGGAGGUAAAAAUGGGAAGAAAGAAGGCCUCUCUGGAAGCUCAUUUUUCACCUGGUUUAUGGUAAUUGCUUUGCUGGGAGUGUGGACAUCAGUAGCAGUUGUCUGGUUUGAACUUGUAGAUUACGAAGAAGUUCUAGGCAAGCUUGGGAUAUAUGAUGCUGAUGGAGAUGGAGAUUUUGAUGUUGAAGAUGCUAAAUUAUUGCUAGGCCUUAAAGAAACAUCUGUCCCAGCACAGCCAAUAUCAUCAGCAUCUGAGGAGACCAUCCAGCCUGCUGAGAAAUCAUAUGUUGAAUCAGAGUACAAGAAUGCUGACAUAGAAUUGGAAGAAGAACUUCAGUCUGUUCUUCAUGAAGCUCUCCAUUCUCAGCCUGGAGAGAGACAUGAAGAUGUAGAUGAAAGUGUAAAUGACCAAGUGAAGGAAGAAAUACAUGGAGAAACACUUGAAGCUACUACAACAGAUGACUUGCUCACAGAAUUAGAGAAUGAACUGCCAGAAGCAUAUGAGACACCAGAUUCAGUUCAGAAAGAUACUGAUCUUUUGGAAGAUGACCUUGGAGCAGCGGAGCCUGAACCAUACGAAGCACCAGUUUCAUAUGAAUAUAGUAUGGAUGUGGAAAAUACAUUAAGUGAUCCAGAAGCUCCAGGUCACUCUGAGUUAAUGCUAGAAGAUGCUGUGGAAUAUUAUGCAGCAGAAGAUGGAGUGCACAGCAAUUAUAAGGAUGACCAUGAACCAAAACAUGAAGAGCAGACUGAGGCUCAAGAUACAGCUGUUGAGGAUGUUCUGGAGGAGGUGAAUGAAGCCACAGAGCCAGAUGAGAUAUCAGAAGAUUUUGAUAUUGGUAAAGACUUGUCAGUAGAAAGUGAGCCUACAGAAGAUCUUGUGGCCACUGAACCAGAGGCAACAGAAGUUCCUGUUCGAGCUGAGGAUUAUUCAAAUGACAAUCUAGUGGGGAAAAGUGAAAAAGAAACUGAACAAGACAAAAUAGAAAAAGCUAAAAAGAAGAAGAAGCCAAAGCUCUUAAACAAGUUUGAUAAGACCAUUAAGGCUGAACUAGAUGCUGCAGAAAAACUACGUAAAAAAGGAAAAGUUGAAGAAGCUCUAAGGGCCUUUGAGGCUUUAGUGAAUCAAUACCCACAGAGUCCUCGAGCAAGAUACGGGAAAGCACAGUCUGAAGAUGACUUAGCUGAGAAAAUGAGAAGUAAUGAGAUGUUACAAAAAGCUAUCAACACCUAUGAUGAGGUGGCUAGUCUGCCAAAUGUCCCUUCAGAUCUGAUAAAACUCAGCUUGAAAAGAGAAGCAGACAGGCAGCAGUUUCUUGGUCGCAUGAGGGGUUCCCUGGUUACUCUGCAGAAAUUAGUUCAGCUGUUUCCCAGUGAUACUUCAUUCAAGAAUGAUCUUGGUGUUGGUUACCUCUUGAUAGGAGAUAACAGCAAUGCCAAGAAAGUGUAUGAAGAGGUUCUAAGCCUGGCUCCAAAUAAUGGCUUUGCCAAAGUACAUUAUGGCUUCAUCCUGAAGGCAGAAAACAAGAUAGCAGAGAGCAUACCCUAUCUAAAGGAAGGACUAGAGUCUGGUGAUCCUGGCACAGAUGAUGGACGCUUUUAUUUUCAUCUGGGUGAUGCCUUGCAGAGAAUAGGAGACAAAGACGCAUACAAGUGGUAUGAACUUGGAUACCAAAGAGGUCACUUCGCAUCAGUGUGGCAGCGCUCCCUCUACAAUGUCAAGGGACUGAAAGCUCAGCCUUGGUGGACAGCAAGAGAAACUGGUUAUACAGAACUGGUGAAGUCCUUAGAGAAAAAUUGGAAGCUCAUUCGAGAUGAGGGGCUUGCUGUGAUGGAUAAGAAAAGAAGCCUUUUCCUGCCUGAAGAUGAGAAUCUACGAGAAAAAGGAGACUGGAGCCAGUUUACCUUAUGGCAACAAGGAAGAAAAAAUGAGAAUGCUUGUAAAAGUGUUCCGAAUACAUGUGCUUUAUUGGAAAGAUUCCCAGAAGCUACUGGCUGCAGAAGAGGGCAGAUCAAAUAUUCUAUCAUGCACCCGGGGACUCACGUCUGGCCACACACAGGGCCCACCAAUUGUCGGCUAAGGAUGCAUUUGGGCUUGGUGAUACCUAAGGAAGGCUGCAGGAUUCGGUGUGCCCAAGAGAACAGAUCCUGGGAAGAAGGGAAAGUUCUUAUUUUUGAUGACUCUUUUGAACAUGAAGUAUGGCAGGAUGCUGAAGAUUAUCGCCUGAUAUUCAUUGUGGAUGUGUGGCAUCCUGAGUUAACAGCACAACAGAGACGCACCCUUCCUGCUAUUUAAGGGGCUCCUGAUGUGCAGAGCAGAGGAGCUUUAACCCCCUUGGAGAGGUUGUCCUAUGCGAAUAGGAUUAAUUUAUCCAGCAUACAAAGAAUACAAGUAUUGUAAGGGUUAGCAGAGAUAAGGACUACAUCCUGCAGUCAUGAAGGACUUGAUUUAAAAAAAAAAAAGGAAAAACAAAAAAGCCAUGUUUUGUUUCAUACUGGUACAGCACUGAUGGAAGUUUGAAAAUAUGAAUCUUGUCAGCCAAAGAACAAUAGGUCUGGAUUUUCAAAUUAAGGAAUGUGCAGAUGUUUUUUGCCAUGCCUGUAUUAUGCAUGCUAAACCAGUCAGUUAUUUACCCAACCAUGUUCAGGCACAAUAUUUGCAAUUCUCUAUCUGGGAAAUAUUUCCCAGGCUUUUAUCCUGGAAGUGACAUGUAAGAUAUUUACAAACAUAUGCACACAACCGACUUUGAAAAUCAGUAUGCAGUUUUAACAUUAGCUGCUUUAGGCCUAGAACAUGUCCCUAUGUUAUCAACUGUAGAUAAUGUGAAUGGGUUAUAUGUGUUUGUAUUUUUUUCUAAAUAAUGACUGUAUUUUUCUAGCAUAAUUAUGAACAAAUCUUCUUUAGUCAACCACUAUUUUUUAAAAUGAACAACAUAUAUGUAAGUGCAUCUCUAGCUAUUAGCAGAAGGAAAACACUACAUAUGAUCAGAUCUAAUGUUUGUCCUGUGUAGCCUUCUCUUGCCUACCUGGAAAUGCAAACUGAAACUUGCAUAACCAGCUGCUUAGGGAAGGUUUGUCCUUCUAAACCAAAAUCAUUCUCUUAUUUAGCAGCAACCUUCAGUUUGAUAAUGUGACUUUGGAAGAUACUGAGCAAAUGUGACAUCCGUAGGUUCAGACCUUAAACUUCUUAGGAUUAUGUGGUGAACUGCUGUUUUUCCUAUCAUUAGAAAAGUGUGUGUUGUGAUAUCUGUUUUGUACCCAGCAGAAGUCUGGGACGCUUCCUUCCAGGGGAUCCUUCUAGGCUGUCCUUAGGUGUUCAUUCAGCAGAAAAAAAAUGUACAUGAAGAACUCCUUGUGCUCUGGGGAGAAGGACAAGAUCUGGCUUGGUUUUCUGCCAGAAUGCAGAGCAGACAAAGAGCUUCAGGUUAUUAACUUUUAUUAACUUCUGCUGCCAGCAUCCUACAGAGUGCUAGAAAGAUCCUUUAAAUGACCUAAUGGUGUUUUCCUUGUCUUGAAGUGUAUGACAUAUUGCUGAAGUAGUCUUAUCCCAGUACUGUUCACUGUAUGUUCUAUACUUGCCAUAACAGCAUUUACACUAUGGUAAAAAGGCCUCUUUUCAAGAACUGUUUGGAUAUUUAAGCAGUUAGCUGGUUUUGGGGGGAUCUGUACUAUUUAAAUGGGAGAUGGAGGGUGCAGCACCCUUCACUGUUAAUUUCUAAGAACACUAAUAGGAAAGAGAGACCUGAGGUUGCACAGUUGAUGCUUAUGACUGGCUGUUGUCUGUUCUCCCACAAAACUAGCUGGGUGUGGAUGGGUGUGCUAGGAUGCUCAGGGCUUGUCAUGAGCAGUGGCAACAUUACUGAGGGUUUUGAGAGACAAACACUAAGCAAGGAGACACUGAGGUGACUUAGUCUCCACAGCUUCAGCUUUGCUGCCCAAAAGACACUGAACAGUCAUCAUAUUUGUAAACACUCAGUGGUUUUGUACUACUGAGACUACAUCACGGUACCUAAGUAUCACAACCAGAAUGCCACCUUUGAGGGAGCAAAAUACAGAUAAGAGCUUUGCGUUGCCAUAAAGUGAAUGCUUUUCAGAUUUUGUAUUUUGCUAGGUAAUUAAAUCUUGUAGUACUGUGUAACACAUGAUGAUUAUGAUGCACCAUAAAUUAGUGUAACCGGUUUCUGGAGGUGUGCACUUUAAUUUCCUUUUUGAAUAUUAAACUGAAAAAUCCUCUCUGGUCUAAGUCAGUUUUAGACAGCUGUGAUAAUUAAGCUUUAACAAGUUGUCUGUGUCAAAAAUAACUCUGAGACUAUGCACAAUAUACAGGAAAGUAACAGUUACCAUUUAAUCAUAAUGAAAACAUAAAAUAUUUGGAGAUGCUUUUGCAGAGCUUUAGGAGAAUCAUGUGCUAAAGUGGAAACAAGGUGCUUGUUAUUGUGGGGGGUAAAGUAUUAGAAAGAUUAUAAGAAAUUAAAUCUCCUGGUAGUUGUAUAGUCACAGGGUGUAUCUUUGUAAGGUGAUCAAGAAGUACCAAUUAUAAAGUAUUUUGUAGUUCCCUAUAAUAAAGACAUAGUUUGUAAAGAAGGAAUCAAGAACUGUUUAAAUCAGAAUUUGUGGUUUAGGAAUAUUUUUAUUAAUGUUGCAUUUUAGUUUCUAUAGCUCAGAGGAAAUACUAAAUGAGCGGUAAAAGCUUUGGGACUUUCUUUAUGAAAAUCCAUGCCAUCCUUCACAUUGUUUCAUUGUUCCUUUGAAGGGUUAUACUUUAUCUUUUCCUGUUGCAAAUGGCAAAAAGAUAAAAUUGGCAAAUAGAUAAAAGUAAUCUACCCAAGAUGUGUGUGUGCUGCAGUAGCACUGUUUAUUAAAUUGUGUAGUGAUAUAUUGGCCGUUUAAAAUCUUAAGUGCCUUGAAUAUAGCAAAGUUUAUUAUGAAUAGCUCCUGCAACACUGAAGUGAAUCUAGUCUGUGCCUGCCUGUCAAGGAGCUGAGAGCAUAUCUGUUUGUUAGUUACAGUUGUAGGAUUAGCUAUAUACAUGGAGGAUGAUAUAGAAAACUACAGGUAUCAUGCCUUGAAUAAGUCAUAUAUUAUUUAGGUAUUCCUGUUUGCCAAAUAAUAUUUCAUCUUGAAAAAGCUUUUCAACAUUGGAAAUGCCAAUAGAAGAAGUGAAUAGAAAUGUUUUUUAAAAUGGAGAACCAUUGCGAUUUAAAUACUUCUUUCCUUUAGAUUUAUUUGCAGAGGGAAAUGCCAGAAAAGGGCAAUAUAGUCUCCUCUUUAAAAGCAGUACAUACUCAUUACAAUGAUAGGAGCUAGAUUCCUCCCUGCCUGUAGUUACCUUGCUUGCAAGCACAGUCUGUACAAGAUCCUACAGUUAAAUAGAGGCAUCAUACAGUUACAUACAAGGCAUCAUAUGUAUGUAUUCAUGUCACAGCUAAAGAAAAUAAAUAAUCCUCUGCAAGGUUUAAUCCUCAAGGACAAGAUUUCAGUGAUAUUUGCACUUCCUGGGCAGAACAAGUCCCACUUGAAUGAACAAUGAUUGUAACAGGUCAUCACAAAGAUUCAGUGGUGAGUGUAUUAACAGAGAAAAAUUGUAACCCAAAGUGUUCUUCAUUAAUGCUGCAGUAUAAUAAUCAGUGUCUACCUUUUAUUGUCUGUUUGGUCUUUUACUUCCUGCUUUAGGCAAGUUCUCUAUGACAAAUCCAAAUGCCUCUGAGACUUCAUGAGCCAAGGGAGGUGGAGCUGUGUCCUUUUACCAGGAUUUGCCAUCUAGUUUUCUGUAAUAGGUGGUAAAGCCACCAUACCCAGGGAGGGUCAAUGGAAGAAAUCCCAAAGAUAAAUGGGCUCAGUUGUCUUAUUUGUUUAAUGUUCCCACAAGCCUCUGCUGCUUUUUUCUGACUCCUGUGUUGCCUUACUGGGACCAUUCACUGCCUUACAGAUUCGCUGUCUACUGUGGAGGCCAGGCUUUGUGUCAAUGACAUGCUGCUGCAGAAGAAGGGUUAGCCUGAAUGAGGCUAUCCAGUACAAAUACUGGAGGGUAAAUCCCAGGCGUGUUGAUAGGAUCUGGCAGGGUGUCCUUUCUGCCCUGUACAGGCAUAAAAUGUUGUAGAUAAAGGCAGUAUUUUGUUAGUCCAUUUUUAGGGUUGAUUGUCUCCAGUUGAACUAUAUGAUCACUUCAGUGUAUCACUUAGGAAUUCAAUGGAUGUUCCAGAGGCACAUUAAAAAUUCUUGUGCCCGUUAUCAUCUCAUUGAUAUAUAUGGUUUACACUGCUAUCUUUGAUAUGUUGUUGUCAACCGCUUGUUCUAGUAAAUUGUCAAAAUAUGUCAAUUUAAUUGAAGACUAAAGGUGUGUACAGUGGUCGUAACUGUUUUAGGAAAUAAAGUCACUGCACAUACGAUUUGA